AUGGGAGCUGGUGGCCGAACCUCUUUUCCUCCUUCGAUCAGGAAAUCAGAGAAUGACACUGUGAAGCGGGUGCCAUUUGAAAAGCCUCCAUUUAGUCUCGGUCAGAUCAAGAAGGCCAUUCCACCUCACUGUUUUAAGCGUUCUGUUAUCCAUUCAUUCUCCUAUGUUGUUUAUGAUCUCACCAUAGCUUUCUGCCUCUAUUACAUUGCCACUCAUUACUUCCAGAACCUUCCUCGCCCGCUCUCUUUCUUGGCUUGGCCUGCAUACUGGGCUGUCCAAGGUUGUGUCCUAACCGGUGUUUGGGUUGUUGCACAUGAGUGUGGCCACCAUGCAUUCAGUGACUAUCAAUGGCUUGAUGAUACAGUUGGCCUUGUUCUUCAUUCUGCUCUUUUAGUCCCUUACUUUUCAUGGAAAUACAGCCAUCGUCGCCACCAUUCCAACACGGGUUCUCUUGAGAAGGAUGAGGUAUUUGUACCCAAACAAAAGUCUAGUAUCUAUUGGUACUCCAAAUAUCUUAGCAACAACCCACUAGGAAGAAUCCUCACAAUUACUAUCACACUCACUCUUGGCUGGCCCCUUUACUUGGCUCUCAAUGUUUCAGGCAGGCCUUAUAAAGGGUUUGCUUGCCACUUUAACCCACAUGGUCCCAUUUACUCAGAUCGUGAACGGCUUCAAAUCUAUGUAUCCGAUGCAGCGAUACUUGCAGUAUGCUUUGGGCUUUACCAUCUUGCAUUGGCCAAAGGUCUUGCCUGGGUUGUGUGUGUUUACGGAGUUCCACUGCUCGUAGUCAAUGGAUUCUUGGUGUUAAUCACAUUUUUGCAGCAUACUCACCCUGCGUUGCCACAUUACGAUUCCUCGGAGUGGGACUGGUUGAGAGGAGCUUUAGCAACCGUGGACAGAGACUACGGAAUCCUGAACAAGGUCUUCCACAAUAUUACAGACACUCAUGUGGCGCAUCACUUGUUCUCCACAAUGCCACAUUAUCAUGCAAUGGAGGCUACAAAGGCAAUAAAACCAAUUUUGGGAGAAUAUUAUCGGUUGGACGAAACACCGUUUUACAAGGCAUUAUGGAGGGAAGCAAGAGAGUGUAUCUAUGUUGAGCCAGAUCAAGGUACUGAGAAAAAAGGUGUAUUCUGGUACAACAAUAAGUGGUGA